UGAAGUGUUUCCACCACUGACUGCUGUCAGGAGAGAGCUGGGUGGCAGCAGGGACAGGGGGAAAGGGGCUUUCUCUCAUGCCUCCUGAGAAGCCAUGGAAGAUCCCCGGCUUUUCCAGACAUAAAUGCAAAUCUGUUCAACAACCGGUAAUCUGUAACACGGCAAAAGCUAUUCUGAAGUUUAAUGGUUGACUACUAAUCUAAGGAGGAAAAGAAAAGUGAAACAAAGAAGAAGAGUGAGGAACAGAAUGAAGUGGCUGUGUCUGUAGUCCAUCUCCAGUAGAAGAAGUCUACCAAAGUUCAGCGCCAAGGAUUCAUCAGCCGUGAGUUUUGAUGUCAGGUGAAAGUGGAAUCAGACCGACUGAGCUCUUAUCUUCAGCCAGGAAGCAGAUGAAGAUAAAGCCCACAGAUUUCUCUGCUUUCUUGUGAGUUUUGGAGUGUUGGGAUGAGCGGAGGACGCUUUGAGUUUGAUGACGGUGGAGCUUACUGUGGAGGCUGGGAGGGGGGGAAAGCCCACGGACAUGGCAUAUGUACCGGACCCAAGGGCCAGGGCGAGUACUCGGGCUCCUGGAACUACGGCUUUGAGGUGGUCGGCGUCUACACAUGGCCCAGCGGCAACACCUAUGAGGGCUACUGGUCUCAAGGAAAGCGCCACGGUCUGGGAGUAGAGACCAAAGGACGCUGGAUUUACCGAGGAGAGUGGACUCAUGGCUUCAAAGGGAGGUACGGGGUCAGGGUCAGCGUGGGCAGCGGGGCCAAGUACGAAGGGACGUGGAACAACGGGCUGCAGGAUGGGUACGGAACAGAGACAUACGCGGAUGGAGGUACUUACCAGGGUCAGUUCACUGGUGGGAUGCGACACGGUUAUGGAGUUCGUCAGAGUGUCCCCUACGGCAUGGCAGCAGUUGUGCGCUCACCUCUUCGUACCUCCUUGACUUCACUUCGCAGUGAACACAGCAAUGGCACUGUCCUUCAGCAAGACAUCCCUGUCAUCACUACCACCAACGCCUCAGGUGAAGAGACGCCCAUCUCCACUCCUGCCCAGCUAGGUCCAUCUCGUGGAGGCUUUGCUCUCACACUCCAAGUGGACCCUGAGGCCGUGAAGCCUAAGAAGAAGGGAUUGUUUCGCAGAGGCUCUCUGCUGGGGAAGCUGAAGAAGUCGGACUCCAGCACAUCCCUGUCCAGUCAGAAGAGCAAGAUCAGCUUCCUGAGGACGGAGUCAGCGCUCAGUUCCAAUGCCAGCGACACUAACUCCACCAUCAGUGGCGACGAGAGCCUGGCCGGGGCUGAGGAUUUCCCCCCAGUGGAGGCCGACAUUGAUGCCACCACUACAGAGGUCUACAUGGGCGAGUGGAAGAAUGACAAGCGCUCCGGAUAUGGAAUUAGCGAAAGAUCCAGCGGGCUGAAGUACGAGGGCGAGUGGCUCAACAACCAGAGGCACGGAUAUGGCUGCACCACGUUCGCUGAGGGAGGGAAGGAGGAGGGCAAGUACCUGAACAACAUGCUGGUAAAAGCCAUGAAGAAGAGAGUGAUCCAGCUGAAAGGAACCAAGAUCAAGCAGAAGGUGGAGCGGGCGGUGGAGGGUGCACAAAGGGCUGCAGCCAUCGGCAAGCAGAAGGCAGAGAUUGCUGCUUCCAGGUCCAGCCAUGCAAAAGCCAAGUCAGAUGCAGCUGAUCAGGCCGCCCAGGCCUCCAACAGUGAGUCCAGCAUUGCCAGACUGGUGGCCAAAGAGCUCUCUCCUUCUUUCUACCAACCAGGUCCUGAGUAUCUAAAGAAGAGGGUUUUACAGGAAGUAGUGGAGGACAGUGAGAACCCAGACACUGUCAUGCAUGAGCCUCUGCUGGCCGAUGAGGAGCCUCUGAUGGCUGAUGAGGAGCCCCUCCCAACACCACCUGAGAGUCCCUUCCUAAACGAACUGGACAGCCUCAUGCCCAGCUCAUCCCCAGGCCGCACCCCUUCCCCCAGCCCAGCCAUCAUCAACAAGGAGGACCCCAAACUCCUCAGUCCAAGAGGCUGGACUGAAGACAAAUCCAAUAAAGGUGGAGGUGUUAAAGCUGGUAGUAAACCCAUUAGCAUACCCAGCAGCCACCGCACCACAUCAUCAGCUGCAGCAGCUGCACCUUCUUCAGCAGCACCCGAAGGAGCUGGAGUCCCUAGAGGUCGAAGCCCCUCCCGCUCCCCCAGUCGUCACAGCAACAAGAACGAGCAGGGCUCAGACCUGGAGAUUAAGCCUCUGCAGAAGUUUGACUCUGAAGCUAAAGCUCCAGAAUUGUCUCCAGCCGCUCCAGCCCCUGUAAGGAACGAUCUAAUCACAGCAGAUGAAGAAGAUGCUCCACACCCUCUCUUAGAUGCACCUCCCAAAGCUGUGACCCCCGAGCCUAAAGCCCCCGAGGUCAAAAUGGAACGGCCUCCAACCAUCCACGAACGUCCACCGUCCACCACUGAGACGAAAAGGCAGUCCCGGGAGGGGAGCAGGCCCACCAGUAGAACAGAGACAAGACCAGUACCAAAACGACAACCCAGCCCUGCUACAGCUCCAAAGCCUCUUCUCAAUCAUGAACCAAAAACACCAACGAAGCCAGCAGAAGCCAAAGUCAUAGUAGCUACCAAACCAGCGCUGAAGGCCAUGGUGUCCACCAAGGAGGUGACCUCAGAAUCUUCUGAACUGGAGGGGCCGAACACCAUAAUGGUGUGCAUGGUGAUCCUCCUCAACAUCGGCCUGGCCAUUCUCUUUGUUCACAUUUUGUCAUGAGACAAUCCUCUACUACUUAAGGCCACCAGCGGCGUUGGUGAUGUCCCUCCUCCUCCUUCUGGACCAGAGACCAGACACCACUGGUGGUUGACUGGAGCCUCCUGCACACCAAUAGCAGGGUUUUGUGACUGUGUGAGGCUCUGUGAAGCUUCUGUUUCCAGACCUGAGAGAAGCUGAAAGACUGUGAUGGUUUAAACAUGCCUGUGUUAAGUUAAAGGUGCAGGCUGGAUGGCCGAGUAAGUCUCAGAGCUUACAGUGAGGCCGCAGAGCAGCGAUCCAGAUAGUUUUGUCACAGUGUGUCACAAGGGUGUCGUUAUUUCUCGGUUUGGUUUUCAACUACUUUUAACUUAAAUGGCUAAACACUGAUUGGCUCUCUCAACACUGUCCUGAGCUUUAUUUUCUAACUUAGACUGAACCUUCUCCUCUCCGCCUUGACCCUCAAACUGCAGCAGACGUCUGGAUUGUGCAGCAUUGUCAUGCUAAAGAUCUGAAAUGUGUUUGUAACAAAAAGCUUUAAUUUAGUAGAUUUUAAUCCCCACAACAAACACCCUGAUAUGUCAUGAGAUGAACUUCUAAUGUUUAAGCUGAGCAAAUGUGAAUUGUUUUCUUUUAAACUGGGAUUUACAGGAUGUGCUUUGUUGCUGUCUCUGUCUGGAGAGAAGAUAAAGGAAGCCGAGAGGCAUUGAGUUAGUUUAGUGCUGUUUGGUAGAGCGAGGGAUGAUGUCUGUGCCUGAUCUGAUCCAAAGCAACCACCCAAUGAUGUGUUGAGAUGUGGAGAAGCAUUAAUCUGUGAGCUGGCGUCCACACUGCUGCGGUAGAACAUUCAGAGUGCUGUGAUGCUUCACCGAUAAACAUUUGGGUUUUAAUGUGUGCUGCUUUCUCUACUUUUGUACUUUUUUUUUUGAAGUUCACCUUUUCAGCAUUGAAAGAGCAUCACCAUACUAAAUGUAUUUACGUCACAGUAAUAAGAAAAGCCUAAGUGAUGAGUAACUCCAUGUCUUACAGUUAUGGGGAGGAUGUAGGCUAAAGCAGAAGCUGUUCUGUCUUUUGAGUAUGCCGAUGAAAACCGUUGAUCUGAAGAAAAAAAUGUUUUAAUAAAACUCCCGUGCUUCUCUGUCCUGACUAUGUUGGUUGAAUUUUCUUCUGAACACAUGUUCAGACAAAUCCGUGUAAAUAAAAAACCUGCAAAAAGAA